AUGGCUCCAAGGCCCGAGAGGCAAAUCAAGGUCUACAUGUUGAUGCUAUGGUUAUGUGCAGCGGCUUGGACUUCGGCCGUGACGCCCCCGAAUUCCACAUUGGCCGAGUUCGAGCAGUGGAUGGCCCACCACGGACGGAUUUACAAGGAUAAUCUCGAGAAGGCGAAGCGGUACGGGAUCUUCCUAGAGACCUUGCGCUUCAUCAAAGACUUCAACAGCAAAGCGGCUAGUCAGAACUACAAAGUGGGUCUGAACCAAUUUUCGGAUUUGACCACGGAAGAGUUUGUCCCGAGAUACACCGGGUUUAGAGCGACGUCGAGGAGCUCGAAUUCAUCCGCAGCCACCACUUUCAAGUACAGUAUGACUCAAGUCCCGGAUAGUUUAAACUGGGUCGAGAAAGGAGUUGUUGGCAGCAUAAAAGAUCAGGGAGAAUGGGGGUAA